AUGUGGCGAAUGCCUCAUAACAUCUAUAAGAAUACAAAGAACUUGGAAACUGUUGGCGUCUUCACGUUCACCCAUGCGGAGAGCCAUAAUGCUCUGGAAUCGCUCUCUGACAUUGGUGGGAAACUAUUCCAGCCAGGAUGCGACAUCAUCGCAAUUCUUAAGGUGAUCCUAGAGGAGCGAGCGUGGGAAUUGCAGAACGCUACGAAACCCUUGAGGAGGGGAGAAGUCUUGUCCCUCUACUUGGAGACGCAUCUUCACGUGUCUCACCUGAGCAGGCGACUCUCGUCCACGUUCCAUCCCACUCUCUUCCUGAGUUUUCUCGCGGACAUCGUCUUGACCAUCGUGUUCGCUUUCUUCAUAAUCUCGUGGGCCCUGGAGAAUUCGUGGCCCAUGGUUGCGAUGUCCUUGGCGAAAACUCUGUUCUGCAACUCUCUUCUCGUCUCCCUCUGUCGAACUGCUGACGGCGGAGGAGAUCAGUCUAGCACUCACGAACGACAAGACCCUGAGCGUAGACAUGGAAUCCAGGAAUCAGGUGAGGAGCCUCCACCCUCGCGAUCGAGUCUCGAACCGUGCGUUGACCAGCGAAGGCUCAGGAGGAUGGUCUGGUUGCAGGUGAUGCAUUUCCAAUCCCAGACGAGGUGCCAUCAGGUGAGGCUGCAGGCGUCGGGAUAUUUGACGCUCGACAAGGCUCUUCUAGCCUCGAUAAAGGGAAGGCCAUUUGUGUGCCUGACGUUGACCAGUAUGGAGGGAAAGGUGACGACUAUUCGGUGCCUUCGUUUUCUUAUAUCGGUCGGUGCUGUUCUUGGGAUUCUUCCGAUCAGAAAUGCCUUGAACAUGAAGAAUGGAUUUGCUGAACUCAGCGUCUGCCUCUUCAGUUUCCCUUCGCUCUACGCUGUCGCAAUUACCAUAUCUAGCCUCACCAGCAUGAUUGUAUUCUACGUCGUGGGUUUCCAGUACUUUAUUGAGAUAUCUUCGUCGUUGGGAGACCAGGUCGGAAACCACGUCUGUCUCGUGGGAGGACUGGGUGCUUUUCUCACGUACGUUUUCUCACAUUUGAGCUUGGCGAAGCGACUGCCGCCCCUCAUGAUAGAGUUGGAGUCCGUGACGCAGAGGCUGGAACCUCUGGUAGGACCGAGCAACGGCGUCAUGAAGAAGUCCUACGGUGCCACCGUUCGUUGUUUCAUCGUUGUUUUCCUGUGCGAGGUCACCACAACGAUCAUCAUGGUAUCGGAGGUUUCCAGGACUACUGACGCGCAUGGGAUGGUCUACGUGGUAUCCACUGGGUUCAUGCUCUUGUCACAGCAUACCACAACAUGUCACAGGAAACAGCCCAAGACGGCAAUCAACAAAUUUCGCAUGAAUCCUCCAGAACAAUCCUUCCUUUUGCAGAUCCUGACUGUGUGCUUGGAGGAAAAGGCCUUUCAGCUCCAGCGAGAUGAGUUGGUCUUCUGCAAAAGACCAGAAGUCGGAUUGCGCGUGUAUUGGGAAAUGCAUCGGGACGUGUGGAAGCUCUCCCGCUCUUUCUCCUCCGCCUUCCAUCCGACGCUCAUCCUCUCUCUGGCGACGAUGAUCGUCAGCAACAUAGUCUAUAUCUACUUCUCCUUCUCUAAGCUGAUGGACCACAAUUGGAGUUUUGCCGCGACCGCCGUGUUUAGGGCCUUAUUCUUCGAUGUCCUCAUAGUUGCCGUCGCUCGAGGUGCAGACCGCCUCACUUCCAAGUCGGAGGAAAUGAUGCAGAGCAUGAUCGACUUCCGGAAUCCCCCAGACAAAGACGUCCAGAUCCAGGCCAUGUACUUACUCAACCAGACAAGGAGCCAUCCAGUGCAAAUCACUGCUUCAGGGUAUUUCGUUUUGAACAAGGCUCUCCUCAUUUCUAUUGCGAGCAACGUCGUCACCUACCUCAUCGUUCUCUUGGAGUACCGGAUGGGAUGA